UGAUUUUGCUGUCUAUUUUAGUUAUUCCGUCUUGUUGUCUAGUUUAUGGACCGAUGAAUAGAAUGGGUCCCAAUGGAAUGGACGAUGAAGAAGAUAUGACGACAUGUGAUGGGUUCAGCAAAAACGCUCGGUUCAACCCUUUCUCAUUAGUGGAAGAUCUCUGGUACGCGUUCUACCACUGGGCUUUGAUACAGGAGAACAUUAUUAUGAAGUUUUUUGUACCUACCACACAGGAACUAGAAAUUCUGCGCAGCUACCUAGAUUCACGUGUUAAGGAUCCUAUAAACUGGACAGCGAAUUACAUAGUGAUGAAGAACGUUGUCACCAACAUCACACGCCUUAUUGUUGAGAGAAACGAUCGGGGGUGGUACUGGAUGUACCCCUAUAUACCUUAUAUUCAAUGUAUGUAUAAGAAAGCUGAAUUAGAAUACUGUGUUCUAAAUUCAACACUUCCUUUUCUACGUUUCUAA